AUGAGGACCUCUACAUUCCUCUUCACACUCCUUAGCGUCCCCCUCUCACUCGCCGCCCCCACCGUCAUCGCCAUCCCUGAAGGUGGCUUAAACAUCCGCCAGUCCUCAGACACACGGAACGAUCUCACAGAUGGCAGUGCUUGCAAAGCUGUGACCGUGAUUUUUGCCCGAGGUACCACGGAAUCUGGCAACGUCGGGGCCCUCGUUGGGCCACCAUUCUUUUCUGCUCUUGCCACGGCCAUCGGAACAGAGAAUCUUGCCGUCCAGGGUGUCGAUUAUCCAGCUGAUAUUGCUGGGUUUUUGGCUGGAGGUGAUGCUACAGGCAGCAAGAAGAUGGCGGAGCUGGUUGGCCAGGCUUUUACUCAGUGCCCAGAUACGAAGGUUGUGAUGAGCGGCUACUCACAAGGUGGACAGCUUGUGCAUAAUGCAGCAAAUCAGCUAAGUGCUGACAACUCCGCUAAAGUCGCCGCUGCUGUGAUCUUUGGUGACCCAGACGAUGGUGACGCUGUUGGGUCCAUACCAGCUGCAAAGGUGGAUGUAAUCUGCCACGCCGGUGACAAUAUCUGUGAUGGAGGUAUCAUUAUCCUGCCAGCGCAUCUGACUUACUCUAUGGAUGCUGGCGCCGCCGCAGCAUUUGUGAAGGGGAAGACUGGCUAG